CGGCAAAAUUUCUCCGUUUAUCUCGAUCAGGAUACGAAGUUAAUUAUUAUAACGAACAUCUUCGCCGUUAAUAUUUUCCGUCAACAUGUGUAGAAGACCGGCAUCUCCUACAGAAUCCGACAAUGUCUCCGGUGACUGCACGGACACCUAUGUUCAGAUUGUAACGUCUGGUGGUCGAAGGAUUCCGGCGCACGCUAAUAUUCUGGCAUCUGCUUCGACGGUGUUGGAAAGCAUGAUUGAUAGGCCGCAAAAGCAUCGAAGCUCCGAGAAGACUAUUCCGAUCCUCGGCGUUCCAUGUGACGCCGUCGAGGUCUUCGUCGGAUUCCUUUAUUCGCACAAGUGCAUGGAGAAAGAUAUGGAGAAAUACGGUAUUCAUCUGUUGGCCCUGUCCCAUGUAUAUCUGGUCCCACAACUGAAAUCCCGAUGUACCAAAGCCUUGAUUGAACGGUUGACGAUUGAAAACGUGGUUGAUGUGCUUCAACUGGCCAGACUCUGUGACGCACCUGAUCUUUACCUCAAAUGUAUGAAACUCGUGUCCAAUAGUUUCAAGGCCGUUGAGGAAACUGAAGGCUGGAAGUUCCUUCAAAACAAUGACCCUUUCCUUGAGCUAGACAUCCUCCAAUUCAUAGAUGAAACAGAAUCAAGGAAGAAGAGGAGCAGGAAGCAUAGGAAAGAACAGAGGUUGUAUUUCGAGCUGAGUGAAGCUAUGGAGUGUUUGGAGCAUAUAUGUACUGAAGGUUGCAUAAGUGUGGGACCAUAUGACAAAGAACCCAGCAAGAACAAGGCUCCUUGUAGCAAGUUCUCAACUUGCCAAGGCCUCCAACUCUCAAUCCAGCAUUUCGCAAACUGUAAGAAGAGAGUGAAUGGAGGGUGUGUUCGGUGCAAAAGGAUGUGGCAACUCUUCAAACUCCAUGCUUCCAUCUGCGAGUUACCAGAUUCUACUUGUAAAGUUCCCCUUUGCAGACGAUUCAAGAUGAAAGGUGGAGAAGAAAUGAAAAACAAGUGGGAAGAGGUGAGAUGGAAGAUGUUGGUUAAAAAGGUGGAAAUGGCUAAAGCCACGUCAUCAUUGUUAUUGUCCAAGAGAAAGAGGAAGGAAUGAGACACCAUCAUGUGGACAAGUCAAUGGUAAUCAUGAUUCUGCCAUUUGCUACAACAAAAGUUUAGUUUGUUAAUUAAUUAAUUAAAAAAGAAAAGUAAUUGUUUGAUUCUUUUUGUUUUUGUUUUUCAAAAGAAUUUGGUAAAAGCAUGUGCUUGUAUAUGUUG